AUGCGGCGACCGCGGGCAGCUGCCCAACCGAAAGGGCAGGAGGAAAGUACAUCUCUCUUUCCCUCUCUCCUCCGGGCGGCCUCUAUCCUCGCCUCGCUCGCCCCUCUACCUGGGGCGACGGCGGCACAUGUCUCCACCGACCAGUUGCGUAAAAGCCUGGGUACGUUUGAGAAGGAACUCGGUGGAUGGGCGACGGUCUUUAGCGGCGAAGAGCUGGGAGAGGAUGACUUGCCUUCUGCUUUCACGGGGCUGAGUGUGGGGGACGGCAAGAGAAAGGGAAAGAAGAAGAAACAUGUUGAGGAAGAUAGUGUUGUGGCAAAAGAGGAGGCGAGUGAUCCUGCAGAGUGGACGGCGCUGUACAGGGAGGUCAUUAUGCGUGGAUUAUGGGUCAUCGAGCAGCUUCAGGCGGGGUUAGUGCUUGACCAGACGAGGGCUGCGGUCGAGGGGAAGGAAGAUAAAGAAAAGAAGGACGUGAAAGGCAAAGGAAGAGAAGUUGAGCCUCAGAAACCGCUCGUACUGGGGACGAAAGACAUGCAACAUAUUCGCACAUUGCUCACUCUUAUUUUUCAACAUCUUACAAAACUGCUCUCUGACAGACUCGCACUUGCCGCACCUGAUACGACCUCCAUCACCAGAACGUCAACGACACCAACGUCAGUGUCGACAGUGGCAACACCCUCGCCCGCAUCCCCUGUCACCCCUUCGCAGGCCUCCUCCCCAAAUACCAACGGCCUGCGAUUUUACCCACCCCCAGCGCCCGUUCUCCGGUUACUCCACCGUCUCUUCAGCUUAAUAUAUACCGAGCUACCGCAGCCUCCGCCCAAACCGCUCUCCUGGGACGCCCAGAUCCUCGCUCGUACUGCCCUCCCCCUCCCUGCACCUACGUAUCGUCCCCAGCAUACUCAUAUCAGCAAUAUCAUUUUUAACAGGAAUAGUGGGGCGCUGCUAGCGGCUUGCGUUGUGUUGGGAUGGGCGCCACAGGAGGCGGGAAUCUUCCCUGGAGAGGGGAAGCAGGGGGAGGAAGAGCAGGAGGUACUGAGGGAAUGGACCAGAAGAUUGCUUUACACGAUACCCACAUCACAAGGACUUGUCAUCCUCGGACUGCUACAUUCUGCCUCCCCCCUCCCUAACCAGCUUCUCCCAUCCUACGCCCUGCUGCAACUCAAAGACUUCCUCUGCGCUCUCAUCCUCCGCCCCGACGGACCCAGGGCACUAAUGGACGUCGUCCUGGGCGAGAAAGGGCCUCAGACAAUAGACAGCAGCACCGCGACCAAGUUGGAUCACGUCUCUCUCACCCUGAGUGCCGUGCCUCGCCAGUUCACACCACGAUCAUACUACUGCAUCCUUCUCCCCCGGCUUAUGCUGCUUAUCCGUCCUCCGCCUGGCUGUGAACUUCCUGCUCCUGUCCCUACGAGUCACGUACGCGCCGCAGCGGGAACGAUAGCGCGUAUGAUCCGCCAGCAGCGGGGAAUAUGCAUGACCCUCCUAGCGAGGAACGUCCUUGCGCCUUUCUUCCCCCCUACACACGCGUACUCGAAGGACUGGCCCGCCCAUCUCCCUAGACCCCAGGCACUGCAUGCCCUCCAGGCGCUCUCCAUCCUCUUGGCUAACGUUGACCCCAGCCCCGUGCUAUGGUCCGUCCUGCUUGGGGAGAUCCUGCCCCCUCUGUGGGGGUUAUACGAGUUCCUUAGCACGCAGCCCACGGCCGACCCGGUGCUGCGAGAACUUGCCCAGGGGUUGAUAGAGGGCUGGGCGAGGCUGGUGGGGGACGACGUUGCAGUUUCGGGCUGGAUAGGGAUUGUACAGUGCUGGAAAGGGUGGGGGUACGGCGAAGGCGGGAAAUGGGAGUGGGCACUUGGGCCUGAAGGACCUUUUGUGCGCGCUUUGGAGGGAAAGGAGGAGGACGUCAACGUGCUCCAGGUGCAUCCGGAUCCGCUAACGGUCGUAGCGGUGCUGAAGAAGGUAGCGAGGAAAGAGGUGAACGCAGAGUUGUUCGUGAAGAUGCUAGACUUGUACGGGGAGGAACACGGGAAGAAUGGGGAUACUGCCGAUUCAAUGCUUUACUUGCAGUAUGUGCUCGCUAUGGCCGACUCGUUGGGGCAUAUGAUCCUCUCCAAGCCGGAACAUGUGCUGUCCUUCAUCCUCCAUGCCUUGGAGUCGACCGUCAAGCCCGUUAUAGAGUCUAAGGAGACGUUGGGGAGCGGGAGCUCUCCUUGGAAGGUCGUGGGGGAUAGCGAUGAUGAGGAUGCGGGUCAGGACGAGGGGGACGGGGAAGAUGACGGGGGAGAUACGAUGGCUCGGACAGCAGUAACCCUGCUAUUGGCUGUUCUAGAAGCGAAAGAGUCCUUCCCCCCGUUUGCCCUUCCCAUGCUCAACAGCAUCUACCAGCACCUCGACACGCUCUCCUCCCACCCCACCCUCUCCCAAUCCGCCAGAGAAGCGCGACUCGUCCUCGCCGCCCGGCGGGCGGGAGCCAUGCGCCCCCAAGCCAAGGAGGAGGACGAAGUGCGGGAAAAGGCACUAGAGAAGUAUCAGGAAGCGCUCCGCCUCGUACAGGACCAGCUGCUCCCCGUGCGCGCACAUGGACUCACCCUCCUCCGCCAGCUCGUGACGCCCACACAACCCACAGCCCCGGAAGAGCUCGCGCUCGACCCUGCCCUCAUCCCGGGGAUACUGGACGUCUUCCUCCUCUCGGUACAGGACGAGGACAGCUAUGUGUACCUGAACGCUGUCCAUGGGCUGAGCGCGAUGCUCCAGGGCCCUGCUGAGGGCAAGUAUGAGAUGGGCAGGUUGGUGCUGCGCAGAUUGGUGGAGCUUUAUGUGCUGGGGUUGGGGUUGGGGUUGGGGUUGGAGAGCGGGAGGAUGAGCAUGAGCACGGCCGAGGUGGACAAGAGACUCAGGAUUGGAGAGGCUAUCUCGCAGGGUGUGGCUGCCCUUGGCCCCGGAGUGGGGAAAUACGUCGAACUCAUCGAACCCUCCAUGCUGCUCGUCACGCGUACCCCUGCGUACCCUACAGUCCUCCGAGGAAGCUCCCUUUCCAUCCUCUCGCAAUGCGUGACCAGCGCACCCCUCUCCCUUCUCCCCUUCUACCCCGACCUCCUCUCCUGCCUCCUUGACCUCCUUUCCCUGGAAACAGUCGCCCAAGGAUCCAAAGCCGCGAAGGACGGAGAAGCCCAAGCGCUCAAACGACAGAGAGAGGAUGGGAAGCUGCCCGAUCCCUCUGACCUAGAUCCAGCUGCUCAGGACCCAAAGCUCCCAGCAUUCCGCCGCUCGGCUGCGUACUUGCUCGUCACUCUCCUGCGCCAGGCCGCCGAAGGAGGGUUUGUCGAUAACGUACUGGAUAUGGAGGGAAGGAAAAGGGUGGUAGGCGUGCUCAGGUGGGUGGGGGACGUGGAUGUCGAUAUCCAAAUGAGGGGAAAGGCGAAGGAGGGACUGGGGAUCAUGGAUGGAGUCGUGAGGUCCAAACUUGGGCUAGCUGGGUAG